AUGGCCGACCCUCCCUCGCCUCCGGUGAUGAGCGCGCUGCCCACAGGCGAUCGCCCUGAUCAUCUCUCUGACAUGUCCGAGGAUGAGGCUGCGCUCGCUGCUCUGGGGUAUAAACAGGAGUUCAGAGUACGUGAGUUCUCCGCAUGGACGACAUUUGCGGUCAGUUUUGCGGUCAUGGGACUGCUUCCCAGUAUUGCCACCACAAUGUGGUAUGGUAUUGGCUACGCUGGGCCAGCCGCAAACACCUGGGCUUGGCUUCUGAGUGUUGUAUUCAUAUUUUGUGUUGCUGCGUCUAUGGCAGAAUUAGCAAGUAGUAUGCCCACGUCGGGUGGUCUGUACUACGCAUCUGCAGUCCUUGCCGGGCCGAAGUAUGGCCCAUUUGCCGCGUGGAUCACUGGGUGGUCGAAUUGGUUCACACAAGUGACCGCAGCGCCAAGUGUCAAUUAUGGUUGUGCCGCAAUGAUCUUAGCCGGAGCCUCUAUAAUGAACCCGGACUACGUUCCCAACGAAUGGCAAACCUACUUGCUGACCGUUUUCAUAAUGAUCAUACAUGCUUGCAUCAGUAGUAUGCCUACUUUGUGGAUCGCCAACUUCAACUCUGUGGGAACCGUGAUCAACAUUUUGUGUUUGGUUAUCACCAUCAUCAUCAUUCCGGCGGCCGCUAUGGGAGAGCCCAAAUUUCAACCCAAUGAUGUUGCUUGGGGUAUUCAGAACUCCACCGGGUGGCCCGAUGGAGUCGCCGUUUUGAUGAGUUUCUUGUCCAUCAUUUGGACAAUGUCAGGAUAUGAUGCCUCGUUCCAUUUGAGUGAAGAAUGCUCGAAUGCCGCCAUCGCCACUCCCCGGUCAAUCGUGUUCACCGCAUUGAGUGGUGGAGUCUUUGGUUUCUUCCUCAAUUUGACCAUUGCGUACACCAUAGUUGAUAUUGGUGAGGUCAUUGAAAGUGACUUGGGUCAACCAUGGGCAGCGUUUCUGGUGCAAGUACUACCCCAACCCAUAGCUAUGGCGGUCCUGGCAAUGACCAUCAUAUGCGCAUUCUCAAUGGGUCAAGGCUGUAUGGUCGCAGCUUCGCGCGUCUGCUUUGCCUACGCCCGUGACGACUGCUUCGGCUUCCUCUCACGACACCUUAAGAAAGUGAACCGACAUACCCUGACUCCCGUCAACGCGGUUUGGUUCAACACAAGCCUCGGCAUCAUCCUUCUUCUCCUCAUCUUUGGCGGCGUCGCAAUUGGCGCCAUCUUCUCCAUCGGUGCGAUAGCUUCUUAUGUGGCUUUCACCAUUCCCAUCUUCAUCAAGACCGUCUUUGUUGGUAACAACUUCCGCCGCGGUCCAUGGCAUCUUGGCCGGUUCAGUCUCCCAUCCGGAAUUAUCUCGGUGUCAUUCGUAUUGGUAAUGAUGCCCAUCUUGUGCUUCCCCACUGUGACAGGGGCGGAUCUCACACCGGAAUUGAUGAACUGGACGAGUCUGGUGUACGGUGUGCCGAUGCUGGCCGUGAUCAUAUGGUUCUUCGUGGACGCGAGGAAGUGGUUCAAAGGCCCUAAGAUCAAUAUUGAGCACCACAUGCUCCAUCAGGAUCUAAGUGCCCACCCUGGCGUCGAGGGCAUCGAACCUAUGCAGAUAUCUCUUGUCAAAGAAGAUGGUGAUGUUGAGAGAGGGUCUUCGGAUAAGAAGCUUCCCUUGUGA